AACUAUAAGUCCGGGAACUGAAAGCUUUGUUGAGACGUAUACUUCGAAGUGUCCUCCACAAACUGCUGGAAAAAAACGGGUGGGGGGAUCCCCCUCUUAACUCUGUAUUUCUUGCAGGAAACCACCCAGCCAGAUCCUUGAGAAAGGUCGAAAUUGGUCGUGGCAUCUCUUUUGAUUCUUCUAGAAACGAGGUCUGUUUGAGUCUCUAGUAAGUGAAACUUGGCUGUAAAACUAAAUUAAAAUAAGAAUAUGAAUGAAUGUGUAAAAAUUUUCAUCACUUCAAAAGUCGUACGUUUCAGAAAACAGCUUUUCAGGAUACUAGUUACAAAAUCUAUUACAAAACAAAUUGACAUUUCUAGAGAGUUGUCCAAAUAUGAAAUUUAUUUCGUGAGUAGGACCGCCUUAUACACAAUACAUCUCUCACUUCCUUCUUAUACUGUCACUUUCUCUACUACUAGUAGAGAAAGUGUGAUGAUGUGCCGUGACGGUACAUCAUCAUCAUACCAAAACGUCAGUUCCCUGCGGUGCUUGUAAUGCAGUUUCAUAUCCUAAUCUUCUGCCUUUUAUGAUCUACUCACCCGUUCGUCGUCAUAUCUUCCGAUCUUCUGGCUUUCUGAUUUUGAUUUUUUGUAAUUUUCAGCAGGGGAUUUCACAACAAGGUAGUUGAUAUGCAUUCUGUAUUUUGUUUUGUUUUCUUAAAAUGCAGGCUAACUUAAACAAAUCGUCAGAAGGUCAGGAAGUCACUAAGUUAUGUAACUCAGCACUUAUCUCUUGACACUUGGGGCAUAGUUCUAAAUGUAAAAUCAUUCUCGAAAUAAAUUCCAUACUUGGACAUCUAUGCAUUUCCAUAAUCCACCGUGACAUCCCAUCUGAUACUUAACUUAAGCAAAUGUUUAUAUCGAACAUGAAAUUAGCUGUGCAGACACACACAUUUGAAUAGUAGAAGAUUACAUAUUCUCGAUAUAACGACUCUUCCGCGAACUUUUUCUGCGGUUGAAAUUCAUUUCACACUCACUCUCACGCUGCUUACGGCCAUCGCGUUUCAAUUAGUGCAAGAGUCGUUUCGCUGAAAAGUCCAUUCGCGAAAUAGUCGUGUCAAGCAUAUUCUCACAAUGUUUUAACAUCCUAGAAUAUAACAUCAGUUUCUACAGACACAAUGACCGAACAAACAUAACCAUUGCGCCUAGCAUAUCUGAAAAUCUAUCUGUGUUAUCAUCUAACUUACUGAUGUUUAGUUUGAUUGCACUGGAUCAACUUUUCUCUUAUUGGGAAGUUGCACAUUUAAAUGAGUCCUCUUAGACAAAGGACUGGAAAGCGCGACUGACAACUGUAACUAGAAGAAGUGAGUUAACAUUAAAUAAACGAGCGGUAGAUAUAAAUCCACACUUUAUGAGACUUCUGUGUUGCUCACGCCUACAUAAAAUAUUUGAUUUUUCUAGUUAUUCCAAAUUUACUGUUGGCAAGUGGUUAUUUUGGAGUACGUGAAUCAACACGACAUGCUGAUGUAACGCGGAGUGUGUUUGAUUCUGGUAUACAAAUUUUUGUUAAUCUCUUGGAAUUAGAAGAAAUGAAACGUUUUGCACCUUAUGAAAUUGAAAUGAAAAAAUAUGCGCAAGAAGCGAAUCGUUCCGUAGAGUUUAUUUCAUUUCCAAUCCCCGAUCAUUCGAUUAAUCCAGACAAUCAAAAAGUGUUAGCAUUUUGUCUGUCACUUUGUGAUCGAUUGAAAAAGGGUCAACUUGAAGUAUAUUUAAAAAAAGUGUUCCACAGGAUUUUUGAUAUUGGUCUCUGGAAAACCCCGGAACGACAACUAGUGCGUGUUUGUGUUAGGGUUGGACGCGGAAGAACUGGAACAAUUGUAUCAAUCAUCAUCGGAAUUUUAUUUGGAUUGACAGGCCAACAAGCACAGGUUGAAGCUAUAUUAAAUAUGUACCAUGGCCAAACAGAAGAAAAAAUAAAACUCAAUGCUGAUCAAACAGCUCUGACAGAAAAUUGUGAAGCAUUAUGA